AUGGACUUAGACAAUAGUUUCGAGGACUCUUUUGAUGAUGAAGACGAAGCUGAGCUCAUUGCAUUGACAGAGAAGCCCAGAGAUUGGACACAAAUACCAACUCUUGCCCAGGCGACUCAAAGGCAAAAUUUCACAAUAUUGGAUACUCAACAGGAUAAUGCGCCUAAAAACAAUGCCAAAAGCUCUCAAAAUGAUAAUGAUUCGAAAGAUCAACCGGCGAACCCAAACAAUCCUCCAAAUUCUGAUAUUGUGAAGACUGAUUUAGUAAACUUGAAUUCGAAAUAUUUGCAAGCGGUUGGCGAAAUCGCAAUUCUUAGGGCAAGAUUGGAAGAAGUUGAAAAAAAUAAAACCCAACAGAUUAGAAAUGCUGUUAAGACACAUGCCGAAUACAGUAAAGAUAAAGAACAGAAAAUCAAUGACUUACAGCAUCAAGUAAGCAAAUUAGAGGAAGAAAAGCAUUUCUAUAUUGCUGAAUUGAAAAAUCCCUAUUUGCAUAAAGAUCCUGCCGCCAAUAAAAGAAGGAAAACAGGACUUGACAAUACCGAGAACCUAAAACCUUCAUUUACAUCUGCCAAAGCUCAAUUGAAGAAUAAACCCAAUGGUGGAGAGGCACCAAUUGACGAAGAUGUGGAAAUGGUACCUGUUGAGAAGCAAAAACAAUCAUUGGAUCAAGACAAGAGAAAAUUAACUUCUAUUGUUCCUAAGCGUCGACAACCAAAUUACAAAUCCUUGUUCAUAGAGAGUAUUUGGAGUCAUUGUAUUUUUGGAAGCUCAAGAAAAACUUUUGACAUCUUAGCAAAACUUUGUAUUACUUUUGAUUACAAUUACGGAAGUUUCAAAGUGAAAAAAUUCUCCGAUUCCAUAGCUUCUUGCAUUAUGGAGUUUUUGGUUAACACUAACAACGAAAUAAAAAUUCUGGAUUUGAUAUCAGAAUUCUUAGAAAUUUUGGUGAACUUUUGCAAUACUCUUAUUAAUAACGAUGAACUUCUUGCAGUUCCGUUCUUGUUAGCUUUGAUACAUAAUUCAGUAACGUUUAGAAGCUCGACGGCUUCAAAAGAUAUUUUAAAGGUGGUUUUAAAGUUUUCUGCUGAGCUUGCGCUUAAUUAUUUAACGUUGCUAGAUUCCACUAUUGAUACACACGAUUUUGCCAAUACCAAACCAAUAGCAACUCAAACAGAAAACUAUUUGCCAACCAGAGUGAUAGAAAAUCAUCAGAUAGUGGUAAUUCGGGCAUUUAUUUUAAUAUUCUCGCUGGAUAUCUUUGAAGCAUCAUGUAAAGUAGCCUCUUAUUACGAAGACUCAGAUUAUGUCAAGGAAAUUUGGAUGGAUAUCGUGCCAGUGAAUUUCAUCAGAUCUUGCUUAUCUUCAUCUUGCCCAAUUAAUUGCGCUGUUAACAUGAUUGAGUCUCUUUGCGCCUCAGUGACUGAUAAUUUUGCAGUGAACUUAUCUUCAUUUGAUAAAUCGUAUGAUUACUCCAAAGAAUUUUGUGACAAAGAGCUUAUAAAAUUAAUUUUAUCAUUGCUUUCUCAUGAGAUUGAACCGCGACCUCAAUUGUUUAUAUCUGGCUUGAAUCGGUCUCUAGGCAAUAAUUCAAAAACUAGGCUACUUAGUGAGAUUAUUCCGGAGUCUAAUAUUCUCGCGUCUUGUUCUAAGUCGCCAAAAAAUUUGGUUUAUGCGGCAUUCCCAUUAAGUUUGGAAAGUGAAAGCACCAUUGAAGAAGUUGACUUAAAUCAUAAGAAAGCUCACGAAAAGCAUAUCUUUUACUUGAAAUCGCUGUUAAUCAGCUGCUUUGAAAAUUACUUGACGGUUGAUGGUGUGAACAAAGUGACCUACAUGUAUAGUGGCGAGUUUGUAAGAAAUUUUACAGAUGAAAUGAGAUAUCAACAGGAUUUAAUCAUGAGAAACCCAAGAUCUGAGAUGAUGGCUUCAAGAGUCGAUUUGAUUUCAUCAAUAAUUUUAUUGUUGGCACCAUUUUUCCUGAAUGAUAAUGACGUGAAUGAAGAUGAUACUCUGAUAAACUCCAGGAAUCUAAAUGGGAUCGUUAAUACUAAUGUGAAAAGACAAAUGCUGGUAAUAUUGACAAGAAUCGCAUUUAGUUCUAUUUUGGCCCCAGAAUCAGCUCUAGAAAUUUUGAGUGAGGCAAGAUUAAAUUCCAAGUACGAUGGGUUUCUUUUUAAUGAGUUUUGUGAACAAAAGGCCAGACAAUUAAAUUCAUUGAGAAGUAUCGCUGAUGACAAUAAAGAACAAAUAGUUCAAGAGGAGAGCGCGUUUACUAAUGGUGUAGAAUAUGGGUUUAGUGAUGGGAUUAUUGGGUUAUCAAGAGAUAUUCUUGAAUGUAUUAUUACUCCCGACGAAGCCGAUAAUUUGUAUUACGCCUUUAUUGCCGAGGAGCCAGAGAGUGAUAUAGUAUGA